UCCCUUCUGUCCGUUCUCGCCAUUUUCUCUCUUCGAAGGGAAUGAAAGAUGGAAAAUCUUAUACCUGUAAUUAAUAAACUGCAAGAUGUGUUCAACACUGUUGGUUCGGAGACAGUACAGCUACCACAAAUUGUGGUCAUUGGCAGUCAGAGUUCAGGCAAGAGCUCUGUGUUGGAGAGUCUUGUUGGGCGUGACUUUUUGCCACGUGGAACUGGCAUUGUAACUCGACGACCUCUAGUGCUGCAGCUACUUCACUUGGGUAGAGAUGAUGUUGAGUCCAGGACUCAAGAUGGAACUUUCAUCAAAGCAGAUGAAUUUGGCAAAUUUCUGCACACGAAGAAUAAAGUCUAUACUGACUUUGAUGAAAUUAGACAGGAGAUCAUCAACGAGACAGAGAGAAUGUCCGGGACAAAUAAGGGUAUAUGCUCUGACCCCAUCAACCUGAAAGUGUAUUCUGGAAAGGUAGUGAACCUGACUUUAGUUGACUUGCCUGGUAUCACAAAGCUUCCUGUUGGAGACCAGCCGGCUGAUAUUGAAGUCCAAAUUCGAGAUCUCUGUAUGAAGUAUAUCAGUAACCCGAACUCUGUCAUAUUGGCUGUCACCUCGGCAAACACAGACUUUGCUACGUCUGAGUCAGUGAAGCUGGCACGUGAAGUAGAUCCAGAAGGAAGAAGAACUUUGGCAGUCAUUACCAAACUUGACCUGAUGGAUGCAGGCACAGAUGCCAUGGAUGUACUGUGUGGACGGGUCAUCCCAGUCAAGUUAGGAAUCAUCGGAGUUGUCAACAGAAGUCAGGCAGAUAUCAACAACAAAAAGGACUUGCAAGAAGCACUAAAGGAUGAAGCUAUCUACCUACAAAAGAAAUAUCCAUCUAUUGCCAACAGAAAUGGAACGUCCUACCUUGCUAAGACACUGAACAGACUUUUGAUGCACCACAUACGAGACUGCCUUCCAGAGUUGAAGACAAGAGUCAAUGUGUUGAUUGCCCAGUUCCAGUCUUUGCUGGCAUCAUUUGGUGAACCUGUGGAGGACAAGGGUCACUUGCUGCUACAGAUCAUCACUAAGUUUGCAUCAGCAUACUGUAACACAAUAGAAGGAACUGCCAAAAACAUAGAAACUGCAGAGCUUUGUGGAGGAGCCAGAAUUUGUUACAUAUUUCAUGAGACAUUUGGCAGAACAUUGGAAUCGGUUGACCCACUGGGUGGUUUGUCUACUAGAGAUAUACUCACAGCCAUAAGAAAUGCAACGGGUCCUCGUCCAGCAUUGUUUGUCCCAGAGAUCUCCUUCGAGCUUCUAGUGAAGCGACAAAUUCGUCGGCUGGAGGAACCAAGUCUGAGAUGUGUGGAGUUGGUCCAUGAAGAGAUGCAGAGAAUGAUCCAGCAUUGUGGCACUCAGCAAGAAAUGUUGCGGUUUCCAAAACUUCAUGAAAGAAUCAUUGAUGUUGUAACAAACUUAUUAAGAAGACGGCUUCCCCCAACAAAUGCAAUGGUUGAGAAUUUAGUGGCGAUAGAACUGGCCUAUGUCAACACUAAACAUCCUGACUUUUCUGAGGCCCACUUUGUGCACCGGUCUGUGUACGACACAUCUGAGUCCUCCAACCACCCGACUCGGGCACUAACAAAAGACAUGGUGGCCAAACACACAGAGGAAAAGGACAAGAGCGUUGCACUACAAGACAAUAUGAACGGUGGCACAUGGAAGAUAUCCAACCUAAUCAGGGGCAGUAGAUUGGAGCUGUCAGCCGACAAACUGUCUGAUCAUGGGUCAUCAUCACUUCCAAGUAGUGGCCCCAAUAGUGCAGUGCAAUCACCAGCUCGAAAUAGAAAGGGCAUCAACCUGCUCCCUGAAGUGCCUGAGCAACCAGUUAUGAAGCUUUCGACUAGAGAACAGAGAGACUGCGAAGUCAUAGAGCGCCUCAUAAAAUCGUACUUCCUGAUAGUGCGUAAGAACACACAAGACAGCAUCCCAAAGGCCAUCAUGCACUUCCUGGUGAACCACGUGAAGGAUAACCUGCAGUCGGAACUGGUGUCCCAGCUGUAUAAGAAGGAGGAGGUAACUCUGCUGGAGGAGUCUGACCACAUUGCUGCACGCAGGAAAGAGGCACAGGAAAUGUUGCAGGCACUGCAGAGAUCUAGUCAAAUAAUAGGAGAAAUACGAGAAAUACAUUUAUGGUGAUACUUGUGAGCUUGGUAGAAGAAGAGGCUAGACUCCACCAUACAGCUGCACUCACAGUGUGGAUACUGGCAGUGCUGCUGCUGCUGCUGCUGCUGCUGCUGUUGUGUACAGGGAAAAACAUUCAAGGCUGUGCUCAGAUUCAUCUGUCUGAGAAAGCAUAUUGAUACACACAAGCUUUGUGCAGCAUCUCAAGUGACCUACUGUUACAUUUGUGGCUGUGAUUUCAUUCACACUGUAUUAAGAUCCAGUUCUCUUUGUUUGUAUGAGAAAAUUGUAACUUCAAUUUACUUGUAUAGAUUUUGAUAUGAUCCCCUUCAGCUAAUGGUAUUUUAUGAAUGGAAUUUACAACCAUUCAGAUAACUUACAAGAGAAAUAAAUGCUUUUGAAACUUGUGGAAAACAAAUGUAGUUCAGCCACACUUACAUUGAGACUUCUUCAGUUGCUUAGCCAUUUUGAACAUUUAGGCUUUCACAUAUUAAUUUCCAGUGGAAUGUGAAAACUGGGCAGAAGUAUCAGUAAAUGUUGUCAUUGUACUUUCAUUAAUAUUUUGCAAACUGCAACAUAUGUUUACUGUUGGAGAAGAUGCAUAAAUGAAUCAGACUGAGGUUUACUUUGAUUAUUGUAAAAUGCCAAAAAGCUGAUUAUUUUCUUUUUUAAAAAUGUGUGUUUCUAUUUAUGCUGUGAGGUUCCUAGUCCAAUCAUCUCUAUCAUGAAAUAGAAGACAGUCCUAAAAAUCCACAUGGGAUAAUAAAAGCUAUUAGUUGACCAGAAAUUUGCAGUAGAACAUUCUCCAUUGUAUGGUGUGCUUUUUAAAGUUUAUGGAAGUAGUUAUCAAUAGUUUGGAUUCUCACUUCAUUUGAAAACAUGAAAUCCAUACAUAUCUGACUGACAACUUAAAAUAGUAUUAAUCCUUAGGAUUGUUUCUGAUGAGGAAGAUAUGCAUAAUGCUGAUGAAGGGUUUUGUGUGGUCAUAUAUAUGAAGUCACAGGCAUGAAGAUGGUAUAUAGUUAACAUUAAACAUUGUUACGUUAUGUUGAAUUAUAUUUUGUCAGGUGUUGUAUAUUUCAAUCUAAGGUAAAUUAUAUCCACUGCAUGAUUGAUUGUUUUACAGUGGUAGUUGAGAUUGAACUUCAGAUUUCUUGAUGUUCAAUCUCCUUGUAAAUCAAGACUUUGUCAAUUUUAUUCAAUCAGUAUUUUAUUUUAUAAAUCAAAAGAAAAAAUCUUCUUGAAAUAACAGAUAUUUUGUGUUACCUUGAAGAAUUAAAAACAAAAGGUUUCAAAUUUGUUGUCCAGACAUUUGCUUUUCAUAACAAGGGACGUUGCAUGUUUUAUCAGUGUGCUUCCUGCAAGUUUAGAAAUGAAAUAGUUUCAUCAUCAGGAAGUGUACAAAAGUGGAAGUGUGGCUGAUUGAAGGAGGUAGAAACAAUUUUGUUAAACAUUCUUGUUUACCAAUAUUCUUCAAUUAUUUUUAAGAGAGAGACUGUAUGUCGUGUUUUGUACCUAACAUCUAUACAUAAUUGGGUGGGCAGUUGACCACUGGUUAGCAAGCAUUCAGAAGAGAAGUCACACCAUGACAAGAACCACUAUGUGAUAGUAUACUAGCCUUCUCAAUAAGACGGAUGGCCAGUUCGUCACGAUAUAUGUUCUCUUCAGAAACCAUAGGUAACAAUGCUGUAACUGCAGGUGUUUGUUCCCUCCAGUGAUGACACCUGAUUUUUCAAAACAUCAACCACUAUUAAUGACCAUCACUCCAGCAUCCUGAUAUUUGGUAUUUUGUAGUUAGAUCAGACUUACAUGUUUCAAUUUUUGUUUGUUUUGGUUUUUUUGUUUUAUGACAUUAUGAAUUUUGAACUUCUUUAGACUUUUACACUUUAUCAAUCCCAUAGUAUCUCUCAAAAUGCAUUAUUUUCCUUUUUACUCUGUGAAACCUCUGAACUGAUAAAACAAGUAAAGCUGAAAAAUAUGCUUGCAUGUUUUCAUGAUGGUGACACCUUUAGUUCAGAUGAUUGUGAUGUGGUUGUUGUUGAAUCCUUUCCUCAGGCAUCACUAUAUGUAGAAAUCUAACACUACAUACGAUUGAGCAGCCAACUCUAUUAGGGUCUGUUUCAGCUUAUGUCAUACCUGAUAUACUUUCUAAAUUCUGCUGGGGAAUAUUGCUAGUUAACAUGAUUAGAUGAGGGUGGACAUCAUGGUUAUUCUGUAAAAAAUGAUUGUGUACACAACAAGUAGAUUAUUACAGAUGAAAUCUGGUAUACAUGAUCCUGAAAUUGGGGUUUCUUUCAGGUGAACUCUGUGUAAGGUCAAUGUCCCUUUAUAAAAAAAUACGUAAUAAAAAUAACAUAUUAAUCUCGGAAAAGUUCAGAUAUUUUCAAACCAUUGCUCUUUCUAAUGGUUAUUUCCUGCCCUAUGUUUUUAAGGUCAGAUGCAGAUGAAAGUCAUUUAACUUAUGAAAUGAAUUGGAGACUAUGUGUUUGAUUUAAUGACAUUGAGAGUCAAGGUACAUGAUAUCCAGGCAGUUCAAGGUUGAGAUUAAAGAUCAGUGCUACCAGAAUGAAGAUUUGUUUCAAAUGUAUGAUGCAUUGGCCAUGCGUUUUUGCCAACUGGAGGUGAUGUUAUUUAACGGAAAGUAAUUAUGACUUUCUUAUGUAAGUAGUUUGAGCAAUGAUAUGUUCUGUUCCAAAUUUCUGCUGCAUGAGAACAUGUGUUUCACAAGAAGGUGAUGUUGUAAAACUAGGAGUGCUUAUAGCAUUGUUAUCAAUUUAGCUUUGUUGACACAUGAGCAUUUCUGCUUAAAAGUCGUUUUUCAUUGGUCAUGUCAGCAAAUUAUCACCUGAUGUCAGUAUCAAAAUGGUUUAUGUAUUACUCAGGGGAAAGUUUUGGUGCAUUCAGUAAUGGUAGAAUGGGGCUGUUUCCGUAUUGACAUGCAAUACAAUUGAUGAAUAUUUUCGACUGAUUUAAGUUUUACAGGCAUGUAUGUGUGGCUAAAAUGCUCUCAUGGACCAUAAAUAUCAAAGUGGUUAAAGUUGUGAGAGCAACAUAAUUGGAGACACAAUGGAUACAGGACACAAAACUUGACUUCAUAAAACAUCUUCACAAGAAUGCUUUGUAAGUUUGUAUGAAUGGAAAAAUUCUGUUAGUUGAUUCAAGCUUAUUGAAGACAUCAUGAUCACAGACCAUAGAUGAUGACAAAUUACUGCACCAGGCGUUCGAAAGUAAUGUUUACAGAAAUAUUAAAGAAUGGACAUUAAAUUAUGUCAUCAGGACAAAACUCAAGGUCAAUAAAUGUUAUUGCCAAUUUUUCUGUGUGGUAACAUUUACUCUUGAAAUAUUAAUGUUUUUAUCCCCAAAGCUUGCAUAUGAUGUAUUAUUUAGAUUUGACAGAAAGGUGGUUGUAAUGUGUACUUAAUGUCUGUUAUGAAGCUUUGCAUCAAAAUGGAAAUCUAUGUACUAUCAUUCAUAAAAGGUAAUGAAGAUGUUGUGGUUGUGUAUUGCAAAAAUAAUGGGCAGUACCACAUGACCUUCAUUGUUUCCCUCAUCAGUUCAUUUGGUUUGUUUGCUUAUAUUAUUGAUAUGCUGUGACAGUUUUAUAUGAGUUGCAGCUUUUAAUGAAUACCCAUUUUGUUGCACAUUAUUUGUGAGAUGGGAUUACAACAUACUGUACCACAGAAAUGUAACCAACUUUAUGCAUGAAGCAUGUGUGCAGGAAUGGAUAUAUGAAUUGAAGCCGUCACCCUUCACAAGAACAACAUAGGCUUUCAGGCAAAAUGUUUGGGCAAAAUGUAUUAAUGCAUGCUUUGUAUAAGUGUGUCUAGUACUGUGUGGAGUGAGAUUCAGUGAGUGUGUUUUUAAGAUGUGUGUGUACUUUUGACAUAAUAUUAUUGUUCACUCAAAUCUUGUGAUGCUGCUUUGGGGACAGUGGUGGCAAGGGCUCCCUGGUAACCUUUCUGAAAAUGCAUUAUUGGGAUUUAUUCGCAAGUAUUCUUUUGGAAUUAGGCAUAUUGCUGCAAAUAUGGUCCAUAUAUUUCUAAUGCAUGAUGACGGUUCUGGAUUAUCAUGUUAGGUUUUCAUUCAUUUUUCUCUACAUAAAAUAAAAUAUAUUGACUAACAUGUAGUGCUUGUUGUAAUCAAAUGUGUGCACAUAUUUGCAUAGAUAGUAAUACUCAUUUUGAUGUUGUUAUUGAGUCAUUUAAUGAUCUAUGACAAUGAUAGCAUGAAUAUUCAAACAAUACCUAGGAACUAUGUAUUCAAAUGAUUCAUGGUAAGGAUUCUAGUUGACAAAGCCAAAUGAAGUUUUUUCAUUACAUGUUGUGUGUCCAUUCAUUAACCUUUGCAUUUUCAACAACUACAAUGAUCUUGGCUAAGGAGUCUCUGAACAUGCUCUCAUUUACAAAAAUGUUUUUGAAAAGUCAGUAAUUUCUGUUUUCAUCAUGACAUUGGACAUGCAGCAAGGGUUAUGUGGCAGAAUAGAAUAGUUUAAUUUGUUUGUCCAGUCUCUACUUUUGACCAAACUUUGAUGAUUCUUCUUCAGUUUCUCUUGUUUUUCUAAAAUAACUGCAUUUUCAACAUCUCCUUGUACCUUUGGAUUCAUGAAAAUGAUAUUGGGUGUGUAUCAUCCCAGCUUUCUCUUUCUGUAUCAUGCACUGACAGAAGUGUAAUUUGAUACCAACUGUUACAGCUAUAUUGGAAAUGUCAGCAUUAGCUCACCUGGCUGAAGUCAACCUUUGGCCUUUGUAUACAGGUAUAGUCACCAUUUGCCAUGGUAGACAUUAUGUUAGUUUGGUCCUUUAUUUAUUAAGACUGUGAGCAAUAAGCUUUGAGGAUGUAUUAUUAAUGGAAACUACUGCUAUCUAUUCAGCUUAUUCUUGCUGCAUUUUUUUAUGUGCUGUAAUGUUCCUGAAAUAUUUGGGUGAGCUGCAGAUCCUUGUGGCUCCAUUUUUGUUACUACAGGUAUUUGUGUUAUUUUCUAUAUAAAUUUGUAUUUACAAACAGCUUUCCUGAAAAUCAAAUAUAUUAAUAUCAAUGACUGAUAUCUGUUCAUGAAACCUGUGGUGUUAAACCAGUGUUGUUGGCAAGAUCAACCAGAGAUGUGAUGUAGGAGAUAAGGAACUUACAGUGUUUUUCAUGUCAAGUUUUGGAACAAAGUUUGAACCUAGAAAUAUUCAAGACCUCAUCCUAUCACAAACAAUGUGUUGAACCUACAGUUGAAACUAUUUGAAAACAUUUUUAUUGGAUUCAUGCUUAGUGAUGUGCAUAGGUUAACCCUUUUUUCAGUAGGUUAAAUGGGUGUAAUCUGUGAUAAUGAAGAUAAUCUUUUCAUAUUCAUAUACCCAGUCCAUGAUUUUCAUGACCGUGCUUGAACCACUUGACACAAUAAAAUCACAUUGGCAGAUUUCUGAGCAAUGUUCAAACUGAAAAUGUAGUAACUUUUGUAAUGUUUUUGUUUCCUAAGUGCACACCAUUGUCAUGCCGGAUAUAGUUCUUCAGAUGGGAAGUGUAAGCAUUGUGACUCAUAGGACAGAUCACAGUAUGUCAUUGGCUAUUGUCAAACCAGAGCCAUGUGCAGUUUACUCAUUUUCAGAAUACACUUCCACACAAGUUCCUCAAGUUUUUUGCAUGAAAUAUAUUGCUAUACUUGCUGUUAAUAAUAUAUGAACUUCAAGACAGUAUUUAAGAAUCAUAUGAAGUAAGAUUGGUAGUUGAAAUUGCCAGACUCGUGGGUUUUGUGUAUGAAGUCCUGAUAUCUUUAUUUUGUUUCCAGCUUCUGGCAGAUAGAUCCAAGUGCAGGAUUGUACAAAAUGUCAUCAUGUAUGAUAACAGCCAUACUAUUUAGCAGGAGGAUGAAGGUUGUCAAUAAUUACUACAAUGCAUAGGCUCAGUAUUGCCAGUGUACAAAUUACAGUAAAUGUUUAUGUUGGCCAUAGUUGAUGAAAUGAAGACUGUCAGUUUUGUUGGAGAUUGUGUGUGGAUUGGGAGGACCUGGCUGCCAUGGAUAUCCAUUUUAUAAAAUACUUGUUAAAUACUUUCCCCUCUCUUUCCCAUGCACACCAUUGUUUGUCAACAGCUUUACAUUACUUGGAGUAAACAAUGAAAUCUAACAGGAACGGUUCUGUGCUCAUUCUUUGACUUGCUUUGGAAAGUGCUUUGUGUGAGCCAGCACCCCCUAAAUUUGUUGACUGAGAAGAAUGAGAGAAGCCCUACUGUGCUGUAGUGCUUGUUGUAACCUGACCAUUCCUUGUAGAUACAGACUAGAAUAAUUCAGAAUUAUGUACAUAAGUGUUUAAAUGUCUGCAAUUAAAAUGUCUUCUUGUU